AUGAACGCGCCGCUGCGCGUCUCGACCUGGGGACAGCCACGGGAUGCAGAGGCCCUGAACACGGAAAAAUCCGGCGCGACGAAGGCGAGCGGGGGGUCGCGUCCACUGCGGACGUCUGCAUCGCUGGCCGCAUCCCGGCGCGCGGGUUCGAGGCCCGGGAAGUCUCGCGGGUCGCUCAAGAAGCGCGCGCGGAGGUCGGUGCGGCUGAGUGGGAAGUCGUCCGGCGCUGCGGCGUCGUCCUGCAGCAGACUUGACGAAUUUCAACGCUUCUCCUUCGCGACUGCCGUGGCCUACACGCCGCCCGCCCCUGCCAUCUGCCCGAUCCUCGCCGAGCCGGCGCAGGCCUACGCGGAAAAGCCUGCCGGCCUGGCCUGGCGGCUGGGGCGAAGGCCUCAGCAACGCCCGCGCCUUAAGAGUGACGCGGCCUUCACGUUUGGCGCUCUCUGCGAGUCCCCUUUCACGGCGUCGUCGUUUUCGUCUGCCUCCUCGUCGCGUGAGGACUUGCCUGAGACCGGUUCAUCCGCCUCCUGCUUUUCUUCUGUGUCCUCGACGUCUGGAGCGUCCUCGUGCACGCUCUCUAUUCCUUCCAGGGUGUCGUCCGCUGCGCCUCUUUUGGCGGCGUGGCACCGCUGGGCGCCUUCGACUCCGUUGAGCAUGAGCAGUUCCUCGGGCGACGGAAAUGCGCGCAAAAAGAAAGGCGCCGGGUCGAGGCGGGCGGCGAGCGGCAAUCGGCGAGGAGGCGAAGCCGCGCAGUCAGGCAGGAAACAUGCGGACGGAGACACCGCCGCUGCGAUAAGCAAGGCGCCCUCCAGAGAAGGGGCCUGCGGCGCAAAAGACGCGGAGACAGAGAAAAAAAAUGCGCAGCAAGCGCACAGAGAAGAGACAGCCGGAAGGCAGCGGGGCGACAGAGAGAGCGAACCUAGCACCGCAUCCGCCGCGACGAGCUUUGGGGGACAGAGUCGCUCACGGGGGUUGAGGAAACCGGGCAGUUCGCGACUUCGCGGCACGACUUCUGCGCCUCGGGCGGAGCGGAGACGCAGUUCGGCGCCGAUGGAAGAAACGGAAGGCGGAAGGGAAUUCGAAGCCCCGGCGAAGAGCCGCAGCGCUGGCGGACUCGAUCCCACGGUUGCGUCGAAUGCAGGCAUUGGCAGGCCGAGGCGGAGGGGCUCCUCGACGACGCGACCGCUGCGGGGGCGCCGGUCACAGUCCCUCGCCUCAAACCUAGAGCCGCGGCGCGACCGACGCGCUUCCCGCCCAGCAGGAGGAGGCAGGAAUGAAGCAGCCGAAGGCGAGACAGGCGAAGGAGACGCAGGCAACGGCAAAGUACAGCGCGAAGCAAGAGAUCGGGGAGCGGGAACGUGCCGCGUCGCGGAGGAGCCGCGCGCUGGCGAGUUCGCUGAGGCGGAUCAGAGGGAGAAGGAAGCGACCGGCGCACGAGGCGAACAGAGCGCGGAGGGCGUGCCCACAGAGAGACAGCAUGGAACAGCGACAGAAUGCAGAGUCGCUACCGCGGCGGAGAAGCCGAGAGAGACGUCGCGGAGGGACGUCAGGCGACUCAAGAACGCCGCAGACGAGGCGAAGUCGCCGGAAGCGGCUGGGGGGAGUACUGGAGGGCGAAGAAAGGGUCAAGAAGCGGAAGUCUUGUGGACGCAACCUGAGCCGCGAGCGUUGAAGAAAACCGACAAAUCGCAGAUCGAAGCGCUUCGCGUGCGACGGGCCUCGUCCAUCCACUCCGCAGCGUCGGCCUCAGCUCGCGCUUCGCCUCCGUCAUCAGCUGCCUCUUCAGCUACGGCGGCGGCUUCUUCUCCCUCGACAGCCAGCGGGACUUCGCUGGCCUGUUCGGCGAUUGCGUCCUCGUCGUCUUUGUCUCCUCUAACGCCUCCUCCUUUGUUCGAGGCGGGCGCGUCCGCCUCGCCGCGAAGGCCCCGGGGCGAGCCGCGCAAGCAGGCGCGCCGCUCCGUUUCUGCCCUCGCGCGUUCCUGGCGAGGGGGCGACGAAGCUGAGGGAAGCGCAUGCGUGCGCGCUCUGUGGGAGAUGCCUGCCGCCGACGAGGCGCUGCGGUCUCUCCCGCACAAGUCAACCCUUUCCCCUUCUCGCAAGCUCUCGCGGGCCUUCUUCUGGCCGCCGUCGCCAGGUCGCCCGUCUUCGUCUCUCCCUUCCUCGAUUUCAGCGCCCGUUUGCAGCGGGACUCCAUCGAGCGCUGCGCGCGUGCGCUCCGCGCUGGCAGCUGCGGCGUUUGCCGUGUCACCUGCAGCAGCGGAGACGGCGAGGUAUCGUCGCGCGAGCGUCGGAUGUCUCAGCGCCCGCGCCCCCGUGGGGUGUCCCUCGCCGGCGUCUCGCCUGGCGAAGCCGCGACCGCGGUCGGCCUCGAGAGCGUCGUUUCGUCUCCCGCCGUUCUCGCUCUUUAAGGACGGAGAAGGAGCUGACGCACGCUUUCCAGAGAGCCUCUUGACCGACGCAGAGCGCCGGCUGCUCAGUCACAGUCACGUGCCGCGCGAAGGAGCUUCGCGGCGCCUGGGCGAGGACGGCGAUGACGGAGAGUCAUCCACCGAGCAGCCGCGGAGAGGCCGGACGGCGAGGAGGCUGGCGCAGCUCGACGAGUCGCUGUACUUCACUUUCAAACACACGAAGGUCGACGGCAUGUUAGUCCCGCUGGCUAACCGGCAGCGGGUCUUGGAGGCGCUGCACGUACUUCACACACUCUACGGAUCCGCGCUUUGUCGCCGCUUCGGGCUGCGCUACUCCUUCCUCGCUGAGCAUCAUCCUCUGGAGAAGAAGGCGGGCAUCACGAUUAAGAAACCGAUUCAGGCGAGCAAUACCGCUCGAAUUCAGACGCGCGGGACAGCUGCGGAGCUCCGCUCUCUGGCGAUGAUUCGGAUUCGCCUGCGAAAGAAGGAAAACCCGAACGAGCUCAUCAGCCGCCCAACUCAGCUGGCGGUAUUCUUCCACGAACUCGCCCAUCUCAGGCACAUGAACCACGGGAGGGAGUUCGCACGCUUUCUGCGAGACAUCUUCAGCUAUGCCGCGUCUCGCGGGUUCGUCCACGAGGGCAUGGUGAACGAACUGCCCUCGCCCUGGCGAUGGGAGCGAGAAGUCUUUGUCAAAGCCGGCGCCGUUUCAGACGAGACCCUUGACGAGCUCUUCGAGAACUCCAAGGCACUCGACGCGGAGGCAACGCUGGCCUGCUGCAGAGACGCGCAGCCUCCGGCCGCGUCUGACUCCCCGCCUCGUUCGCCUCCACGGCCUCUGACAGCCUCGCCAAGGUCGUCUGUCUCGCCGCCAGCUGUAGCCGCCGCGCCGGAGUCCCCACAGGCGCGGUCGGCGGCCCCCGCCUUCUUGACUGAGGCGCCUGAGGCGCCUCUCGCGGCCUCUGCUGUCUCCAAGGUCUCUGCAGUUUCUGCUGUCUCGGACUCUCGCGAUUCAGUCCCGGCGUCUCCGCCUUCGGGGUGCUCGCCCUCGCAGGCCGCAGCCGGCGCGCUCGCGGCGAGCCGCGGCGGUCUGCGUGGCGUUUCCGCGAGUUCACGGAGUCUGGCGCGGGGGGAGGCUGCGGCCUGCGAGGAGUCAGCACGAUGUGAGGAGUGCAGCGAUGAGAGGGUCGCGGGCGCGAGGGCUGCGGAAGGCGACGACGCGUGCAGAAGCACCUCUCUGCAGGCUAAGGCCGGCGCGUGCGUCGCUGCGCCUCAGAAGGCCCGCGGGAUUGUGGUGCCGCCUCUGCGCGAAGACGCCACGCAACCCCAAGAGAGCGCGCCGGCGUCGCCUGCGGGGGCGGGGGGUCGGCACACGGCGGAGCGAGCCCUGAGGAAAGCUGCACUGGCCGCGUUGCAUGCGGAGAUGACCGAGAGAAAGUCUGGGAAACGCGACGAGCCCCGAGACUCGCGUGGCGGCCUGGGGGGUCCGUCGCCCGGGUCUCCGCGGUCGCCUAAAGCGGAGAGGAGAGAGAGAGAGAACGAACCUGUCGGCGCACGUCCGCGGCAGUGCGCGUCGUUGGCGCCUUCCACGGCGGCCUCGCUGUGCUCUUCGUCGCCUCUUCGUUCGCCGUCAUCGGCAUCUGAGAGGUCUUCGCCUCCUUCCCCAGCGUCAACUUGA